UAGAAAAGACAAAGAACAAAAGAGGACGAACGAGAUUCAUAGAUUUGGGGACGAAGCCAAAUCCAAUUAGUGACACAAUCUCAUGAAUUCGGAUCUCUGUCUCUAUAUUUAUGUGGUUGGGCUCUCUCUGUUCUGUUUCAUUUCCCAUUUUCUAUUUUAAACCUCAACGAAGUGAACGGUGAUGGGAGGCGCGUGUAGCAGCAACGCCUUCAGCGCGGUGCAAUUAACUAUAUCAUCCACCCGCAGCAGCAGAUUCAGAAGCAACCGUACUGUUUCUUUGUUCUCCGUUCGAGCCUGCGACGACCCUCCUCGUGGGCCAUCCUGCAUAUACGUUGGCCCCCUCCACACCGCUACCAAAGAAACCCUCGAAGCUCUUUACUCUCAGGCGCGGGAUGCGUAUUACAGUGGAGAGCCUUUGAUACUCGAUGACAUGUUUGAUAGAGUAGAGUUGAAGCUUAAGUGGUAUGGUUCUAAGUCAGUUGUCAAGUACCCUCGGUGCAGUAUCCGGAGGCAUUCCACGUAUGCUGAUUCUGAUGAAGAUAUUUCUAUGGCUGUUGCAUUAGCAAGCUUAUGGUCCCUAUUUCUUGCACUUGGCUGUUCAGCUUGUGUUUGGCCUAUAUUGUACACUGUUAGCACAGCUUAUCAAAAAGCAUUCGACUCGGGAGGAUUCUCGUAUGGUAGUCAAGCAUCAGGAGGAGUUCUUUUUGUGUUCAACGGCAUUAUCCUCACAGCACUCGGUUUGGUCAUUGGCUACCCAGUUGCUUCAGCUUCAGUUAAGGUGCUUCAAGGCCUGUGGAGGGGUGAUUUAGCGGCACUGAAGGGUUCAUGUCCAAAUUGUGGAGAAGAGGUAUUUGCAUUUGUGAGAACGGACAAGGGUAAUAACUCACCUCAUAGAGCAGAUUGUCAUGUGUGUGAAUGCUUAUUGGAAUUUCGCACCAAAGCUGAGCAAUCGGAUUUAAGAUUAGGUAGACAGUGGGUUUAUGGGCGUAUUUACCUUGUUCGAAGAUCCCGGCGCCAGAGAGAGCCGUAAAUUUUCUUCCCAUCAGGGGCUUAUAUGAUUGUGAAUAUCAAUUAGCUAUUAAGGAAUGGAUAAAACCACAUUCUGUUCAGUUCUUAGUCCAGAACAUUUUUGUUAGAACUCAGAAGCCAUCUUGUAACACUCUCAUGAAGGAAAUAUUUGACAUAUCAAUGGGUGGACACCUAAUUUCUUCGAUUUGAGGGCGUGUUAAUGUUAAAGAUUUUUCUUUUCAAGCUGUUAUAGAUAUUAAAUGUACCUGUAGUUUUAUUUUUUGUUCUUACCAAUAGAGACUAUCUAGACAAGCUGCUGCGAAGGUGAAGAUCCUUUACGCAGAGCUAUGAGAUUAGUUCUUCUGAGGGGAUUGUUUUAACAACGAAAGAAGGUUUAUCUUGAAAACAUUUUUCAAUGUUCAAGUCAAUCAGAUAAUUAUAGAAUAAAAAUGUAAUUUGACCUA